AGUCAGAUACACUGUUUUGUUUGCGAAAGAACUCAUUCGCGACCGCUCAAACAAAUAAUUUUAUAUUAUAAAAAAGAUUCUUCCCGGGAAUCAAUUCGAAUAAUAGAAUAUGAGUCGCAAAGCAUUAAAAAGUAGUGGACAGUUACUAUUCAGACGAUUUUUGGCAACGGAAAGUUCUAUGCUGAGCGAAAUGGGCAAGAAAAAUUUGAUCUACAAUGAUACAGAUGGAUAUGUGAUGAAAUCACCUUACGGUUCAGUCUCAAUUCCAAAAUUGACAAUCGACCAAUACGUGUGGAAAAAUAUUUCCAAGUGGCCAAAUCACACAGCAAUCGAGUGCGGUUUUACGGGUCGCAAAUACACAUACGCCAAACUAAGGGAUAAUUGUUGUGCCUUGGCCUGCCGAUUGAGAAACAACAUGAAAUUGGAGAAAAAUGACAUCGUUGGCAUUUGUCUCCCAAACGUCCCAGAAUAUGCAAUAGCGUUUUUGGGUUCCAUUGAAGGCGGCUUAAUCGUCACAACUGUCAAUCCCGGCUACACAAGCGAAGAAAUAUCUCGUCAAUUCAUGAGCUGUCAACCAAAAGCCGUAUUCUGUUUAAUUGAUAACUACGAGGUAGUGAAAAAUGCUUGCAUUCUCGCUCAGCUGCCGAAUACCAAAAUUAUAGCUAUAAAAAUCGAUUCAACCGCAUCAUUUCCGAAUGGCGCUAUCGAUUUCAGUGAAUUGACUAAUUCAUAUGGGAUUAAUUUAUCUGAAUCUUCGAAUUUCAACAAACACGUUGCACACGAUGAUUUUAUUUUGCUUCCAUAUUCUAGUGGAACAACUGGAUUGCCAAAAGGUGUAAUGUUGACACAUAAUAAUCUGGUGGCGAAUUGUGAAUCAAUUGAUGUUGGAUUGCCACACGAUCCACUUGUGUUGCCGACAACCAAUGACUUUCAAGAUGUGCUCCCCUGUUUUUUGCCCUUUUUCCAUAUUUAUGGAUUGAUGGCGAUGCUUAUACCAAAACUGGCGUUGGGUGCAAAAGUGAUUUCAAUUCCCAAAUACGAGAUAAAUAGUUUUCUUCGUAUUACAAAAGAGCAAAAAGCAACAUUCUUACAUCUCGUUCCACCUAUUGUGAUUCAGCUUGGCAAUUAUGAAGGUGCCAAAGCAGAGCACUUCGAAAGUGUUCGCGCAUCGAUGAGUGGAGCAUCAAAUUUGGCACAAGCCGACGUAGAGCGCUUGAAGAAAAUUGCUCCAAACGUCACGUUUCUCCAAGGCUACGGUUUAACAGAAACAUCACCGGUAGCAUCAUUAAGUCCACAUGGCAUUCAUAACUAUGCAACAAUUGGAUUCCCAGUUCCAAACGUUGAAAUGAAAAUUUCAGCCUUGAAUGAUCCAAGCUUUAAAGGAGUAGCACCAAAUGAGACGGGUGAAUUGUUAGUGCGGGGACCAAACGUCAUGAAGGGCUACUACAAAAAUGAUGAAGCAACAAAAUCGAUGAUUACCAAAGAUAAUUGGUUGAGAACCGGCGACAUUGGGCAUUAUGACGAAAAUGGUCUAUUUUAUAUAAGUGAUCGUUUGAAGGAGUUGAUCAAAGUCAAUGCAAAUCAAGUGGCGCCGGCUGAAUUGGAAGGUAUUUUACGUGAACACGCAGAUAUAUUAGACGCAGCCGUCAUAGGAGUAAAGGAUCCCAAAUGCGGCGAAGUACCCAGAGCAUUUGUUGUCCGACGGCCUGAAUCAAAUAUCACGGAAAAAGACGUUCAACAAUUCGUCGCGAAACAAGUGAUCAAAUACAAACAGUUGACUGGCGGUGUUCAGUUUGUCGAUCAAAUCCCAAAAACAGCAACUGGAAAAAUAUUACGUCGAGAAGUACGAAGAAUUUUUUUAUGAUCAAUGUGCUGAUAUUUCUUUGCUAGUUGAAAUGUUCAGUAUGUGUGCAAUGAAGCGAAUUCUGAUUUAAGCCUAAUAUUAACACUACAUAUAAAUGCCAUGGAUAUAUGACUAGAUUACGUAAAAAAUAUGCUGUUGAUUCAUUUACUACAUAAAGCAUAUGUCAAUUUGCAUUGUUGUUAGUUUUAUUAGUAUUGAAGAAGUGUCAUUAUGAGAACUGUAAAAAAUGAAUUCAUAUAUAUAUAUGUGUCAAUUUAGUGUAUACUCAUUCCCAAUUUGGUUAGGUGGCUAAUAAAUUGUUUAUUCCAUCAACAAUAACAAGUUAA